AUGGUUGCAGUAAAACCGCUUAUUUUAGCCCUAGCUGCCGGGCAUCUUGCCCAUGCUCAACUGAAUACCGCCGCAAAAGCAGCUGGUCUGUUGUACUUUGGUACUGCGGUUGAUAAUGGAGACUUGAGCGACUCUCAAUACCUGCCGAAUCUAGAGACAGAUGAUUUUGGCCAAAUCACACCCGCCAACUCGAUGAAAUGGCAACCCACCGAGCCAUCACAGGGUUCUUACACUUUCAGUCAAGGCGACCAGAUCGCGAGUUUGGCCAAGACUAACAAUGACUACUUGCGAUGCCAUAAUCUCGUCUGGUAUAACCAAUUACCGUCAUAUAUUACUUCGGGUUCAUGGACCAAUGAAACUCUGAUUGCUGCAUUGAAAGAGCAUAUCAACGGAGUAGUCACUCACUGGAAGGGGCAAUGCUACGCAUGGGACGUCGUCAAUGAAGCCUUGAACGAAGACGGUACAUAUCGUCAAAACGUUUUCUAUCAACACAUCGGCGAGGCAUACAUUCCAAUUGCUUUUGCUGCCGCUGCCGCCGCAGACCCUAACGCUAAACUGUAUUACAACGACUACAACAUCGAAUACCCUGGGGCAAAGGCUACCGGUGCCCAGAAUAUAGUUAAAUCGAUCCAGGCGGCUGGUGCCCGUAUUGACGGCGUUGGCCUUCAGGCUCACUUCAUUGUGGGACAGACACCCAGCCUUGCCUCCCAGAAAGCAAACAUGGCUGCUUUCACUGCUCUCGGUGUUGAUGUCGCCAUCACCGAACUUGAUAUCCGCAUGACUCUUCCAGAUACCUCCGCUCUCCAAACUCAGCAGUCAACCGACUACCAGACCACCACUACUGCUUGCGUUCAGACCAAGGGGUGCGUCGGUAUCACACUCUGGGACUUCACGGACAAGCAUUCAUGGGUUCCUGGAACUUUCUCAGGCCAAGGUGAUGCUUGCCCAUGGGAUUCGAACUAUAAAAAGAAGCCUGCUUACUAUGGUAUUCUUGCUGGUUUGCAAUCUGGUGCUGGUGGUUCAACCACUCUCACCACUACCACCACUUCGACACCCACAACCACCUCAAGUCCCGCGACAACGACUACGACUGGCGCCGGUUCAGGCACCGGUGCAGCACACUGGGGGCAGUGUGGAGGAAAUGGCUGGACUGGUCCCACAACUUGUGUUUCGCCUUACACUUGUCAAGUAGUGAACCCAUACUACUCUCAAUGUUUGUAG